AUGUUCUCCAAAAUUGUCGGCAUCAGCGCUGUUUUGGCGGUAGCUUCUGCAGGCCUCCUUCCAGCAGCCCACUACUCACCAGCGUCCGCAGUGUCGUCACAAAGUAUUGUCCGCCAUGAGCAGCCAAUCGCGGUAGCCGCUCCCGCAUACCAAUCUGCUCAGCUGGCAUACGCCUCUCCCGCUCGUUACUCCGCCGCUGUCUCAUCUCAAAACAUCGUUCGCCACCAACAGCCCAUUGCCUACAACGCCGCACCUCUCUCUUAUGCCUCACCUCUCUCUUACGCUGCUCCCGCUCGUUACUCAUCUGCCGUCUCCUCCCAGAACAUCGUUAGUCACGGACAGGCUAUUGCUCCCGCCCGUCUGGCCUACCAAGCUGCCCCUGCUGUAGUCGCUCCAGUCGUCCACGCUGCUCCCCUUGUCCACACUGCUCCAGCCCACACCAUCGUCGCCCAACACGAGGAAUACGACGCAAACCCCAGCUACGACUUCGCCUACUCCGUAGCCGACGGCCACACCGGUGAUAACAAAUCCCAACACGAGAGUCGUCAUGGAGACGUUGUUAACGGUGAAUACUCUCUGGUCGAAGCCGAUGGUUCAGUCCGUCGUGUUCAAUACACCGCUGACCCACACAACGGUUUCAACGCUGUCGUCAGCAACUCUGCGCCCGCCCACCACGCCGCACCCGCAUACGCCCCAGCUACUGUUCUCGCCCACCAUUAA